AACAAGAUGAUUAUUUAACAGAUAAUGGCUUAUGUUAUGCGAAGGUUCUUCUUAUUCUCCAGAUCGCAUCCCCGAAAUUAGGCCAGAAACUCGAACUUGCUCUCGUUUAUUGGUAUGACUUUGCAUAUCUAUCUGAUACACAUCGUCAUUAUUUUUAUAAAUGCGCAAUACUGAAAUAUGUUGAACACUAUACCUUAAUUCCUAUUGCUUCAAUUACGGAUAUA